AGCGCUGUGGUGUUGGUAUUCCCGUGUUUCAUAAACGCAUACAAUACAAUCCCAGACAGAGGAGGGCUCCGUGUGUAAUACAGUAUCCAAUUGCAAGGGUAAAUCAUUGACAAUUACGUUUGCCGUGCUCUGCGCUGAAUGAGAAAAGGAAAGAAAGAAAGAGAGAUAGCAGUAACCAUUUGACUCCCGUCUGUGCAUGCAGCGGCACUGUGACCAUCGGCUGUGCGCAGCGUGCGAUGUUUCUGCUGCGUGGUGACACUGCAGAACCCUGGAAAGAAGUUGAUGCAUGCAAAAGUAUGAGGAUUUGUAAUUUGGACACUUUCACAUCCAGCCUGAGGGGACUUGCACUGGAUUGUUGCAUUGCAUCAGAAAACAGUGUGGACUGAGCACACAGACUGGGAACAGGCCCCUGUGCUUGCUUUCCAGUAGUGUGGGAGCUCUGAGGGGACAGACCUGUAUCUACACCACACUGCAGUGCACAGGCUAAAGGAGGGUGUCAGCAGGGAAAUGAUGUGCAGUGCCUUGAGUCCCAAGGAGCCCCGGGGCCCCAGUCUCUCCGACAUGCACCAGUACAGCCAGUGGCUGGCCAGCCGGCACGAAGCCAGCCUGCUGCCCAUGAAGGAGGACCUGGCGCUGUGGCUCUCAAACCUGCUGGGCAAGGAGAUAACAGCGGAGAGCUUUAUGGAAAAACUGGAUAAUGGAGCUCUGCUGUGUCAGCUGGCAGAGACCCUGCAGGAGAAAUUCAAAGAGCUGCCGAACUCUGCCAAGAACCAGCCCUUCCGGAGGAUCCCUUGCAAAGCCAGCGCCCCCUCCGGGUCAUUCUUCGCCCGUGACAACACUGCCAACUUCUUGAGCUGGUGUCGAGAGGUGGGGGUGGGAGACACCUGCCUGUUUGAGUCUGAAGGGCUGGUUCUUCAUAAACAACCCAGAGAAGUAUGUCUGUGCUUACUGGAGCUGGGAAGAAUGGCAUCCAGGUACGGAGUGGAGCCCCCCGGGCUCAUCAAACUGGAGAAAGAGAUCGAGCAGGAGGAGAAGAUUUCCAUCCCAUCCCCCUGCCCCGUCUCCCCCGUCUCCCCCUCACCCAACAAGUCACCCAGCAGGAAAAGCACAGGGAAGCUUCUAGACGACGCUGUAAAACACAUUUCCGAGGACCCUCCUUGUAAGUGCCCUAACAGGUUUUGUGUGGAGAUGCAAUCCCAAGGAAGAUAUCGGGUGGGAGAAAAGAUUCUCUUCAUCAGGAUGCUGAAUAACAAGCAUGUGAUGGUGCGUGUGGGGGGAGGCUGGGAGACCUUCGAGAGCUAUCUCCUGAAGCACGACCCCUGCCGCAUGCUGCAGAUCUCCAGGGUGGAGGGCAAGAUGUCCCCUGUCUCAAACAAGUCGCCCAGCCUCAAGGAUCUUGGCCCUGACAGCUACCUGGUGGUGGCCGCUAACUACAGGAGCAAGAAGUAGCCGCGCUGUCCCACACCUUUACCGCUGACCACUAGGCGGAAGUCCUUACGUUAUUUGCCUCGCUUUCAGUGUCAUGCAGAGGGCUCAGCAGAUAGAGUGGACAGGGUCUUCAGACGUUCUGCAAAUUUUGGAGCUUUAUGAUAAUCGAAGAUGUUGCAUUUUAACAGUAAGGCAGAUAGACGGUAAAUUGACCCUAGUUGUCCCAAUGUAUUUCUGCUGUGAUAAUUCAAUGGAGUACUCUCUCAUGUAGAAUCAGUGGAGUUAAUUCAUGAUGACCCACCCAUCUUGACCCCGUUCCGCCAUGUGACAUUGAAUAGCCAAUCAAUCACCACCUCAUUCGCCCCAAAAUGACCAGCCUCAUGCAACGUUCAGUGCCCCUUUAGAGUAAACUCAAACACCCUUGCAAUUUAUCAUAAUUAUAACAGCUUGACUUCAAAAAGUAAACUAACAUUCUGAUAUGGUGUUUAAUCAAUGUUUAGCUGUUAGUUCACAAUGCAGUAAUUGCACAUCAAUCCAGAGCCCUUGAUGGCUGCCCCUCUCUCUCACACGGCCCCUGAUCAGGCUAUGGGCACACCAUGUCACACUCACUUCUUUUAAACUCGUUUUACACCAAAGCCAACGUUUUAGGAGAACACAAAACAAGGUGGGUUCAAGAUGGGAUCAUGUGGAUCUUGAAAAUGUAGAUUACUUAUUUUAAUAAUUUCCUUGAAUCAGAUUUCAGACUGAUGGAUUGAAUUGACUGAUUAUUAGCUUAGGGUGCUUAUGUUCACUUUUUGAUCACUUGGUGGCACUGUGUGCUAUGCAAAAAUCCCAGUUGAAGUAACAGCAGUUACAACAUUUGGCCACCGGUGGCACUAUGCUUUAUGCAAAAAAAGUCAAAGGGUAAUAGAUGUUAUGCUGAGCUACCCUUUGCAGGCCUUAGAUGUUAAGCUAUAGGACUAGUUACUGGUUUAAAGAGUUGCCUUAAAAAUUAUGCUUUUUUUAAAAUCAAUGUCUUGAUUUGGUAGCUAGAGAUUGUUGAUCAAUUCUGGUUUCCUUAGCAGUGUUCAUUGAUCCACUGGCCUGAGCUUUUGCAGGUCUUUGGCAAUGAGUUUUAGAUGAAUUCAGUAGUUUACAAUGAUUGGUAUAUAUCUGAUUAUAAUGGAGUAUGGUGCAAGAUGAAACAUUUGACCUCUAACCCAUUUGGCCGUUUGGAUGAGCCGAUAGACCCUCUGCGGUUGAUCACGGCGUAAUUGGGAGAGGUGGAGGGAUGUGGCUUGAAUGAAUGGAAAGUGACAAGUCAAUGUAUAAUGUUUAGGAUUGGCUGAAAGGUGAUGUAAUCUGUGUGCUCUCUCCCAAAGUUCACAAUGUUAGGAAGCACGUCUACAUUAUGGUAUUAUUGUGAUUGUUUCAAUGCAAUAGUCUUCUUGCACAUACAGCAUUUCAGCUCAGUUUUGAUCCCAGUCACUACAGAAAGGUUGACUGGAUUUUUUUCUUUAGCUUAUGUACUUUAAAAAAAACCAAAAAAAAAAAAAAAAAAAAACGUUUUAGUUGCAUUGAUACAGCGAUGCCUUUCAGUCUGUUUAUCAUAUCAUACUGUAUCUGCAUCAGUGUACCUGGUAAAUAGUUUUUAUUUUUUUUACUUAUAAAAACACUGUUAUAAGGGAAUGCAGGAAAACCAGAAAGUUCAGAUUUGUUUUAAUAUCCUUUACUAACUAGGCUCUCUGUUCUUUGUAAAGGAUGGGUGUCAAAAAGACAUCAGUCUAAAGACAUGAAUCAACCCCCUGAAUUCAACUGCACACAGACUGCUAUACUCUUCUUCAUCAAGAAACAGGUUCAUUUGGAUCAAAACAGGCACUCUAUGUGAAAGAUUGCAUCAAAAUGAACACAAAUGACCUAUUUCAUCUGUGCAGAGUUCUUACAACUCAUAACUGUGUCAAUAACAGGUGUAUUUGUAUCUGGUGAAGACUGAUGUGAAGCAAACAGAUACAGUUUUUACACUACUGCCAUCCUGUGAUAUGACAAUCGUGUGUGGAAUAUGCAAGCCUUAAACAGCCAUUCUUUGUUCCUAGGAGCAAUGAUAUUAAAUAAUGAAAUGUAAACCAUUGGACUGCAAAGUUCAUUGUGCUGCUUUGAGAAAGAAUUAUGUUCUUGUGUUACAUGGGAGAGGCUGGGCGUGAACCAGUGACCCUGCACUCCAAGCAAGCUUCUUAACCAAAAGUGAUAGAGCUUUUAACCUUGUCUCAUCUCAUCUCACACACAGGGGACAGAAUUUAUCCAAAUUAUUUAUUCAGGAAUUUUCUCCAGGAAAUACCAUAACCUUUUAUAGAAAGCAAAAUAAUAGUGUGUAUCCAUUAUACCUGGUUUCUGAAAACCCGUCCUCUCCGUGGAUAAUAUGUUCAGAAUGCUGCCAGGAUAUUCCUCAUCAAGUACCUUUCUCAGUUUCACAUUGUUGCACACAGUUUUCCUAUGAGACGCCCAAUAACAUUGCUUAAAGCAGAUGGUCUUUCCUGCAUCGUAACAUGCACACACUGUAGUAUAGUCUAGCACACUUUAGCAUAAUUUGUAUUUAUUCUCACUGAUACAAACCAAUUUUCAGCAACAGUACAUUUUAUUACAUUAUUUUAUGUAACAGCUCUGCAUCAAAAUAAGUACAGUCAGGGCAAUUUAGAGGGGCUGGAUUCUGUUUAGCUCCUCAAAUACUUCCUAACACUUUUUUUCCCCCACAUACA